AUAAUAAUAUAGAUUCUAAACAUCUGAGUAGUGUAUAGUGUUUCAGUGUCCGGCGUAGUGGCGUACUCGUUUACUGGCGUCCCGACUACCGAGUCUUGACGAUCACCAACUAUCAGUGUCGUUUGCCGACGAAAGCAUUAUUUUCGUAUGAUAAUUGACAAAUUUUUGAUCGGUAAAUCAAAACGCUACACACGACGCUCCGUUAUUUUGAUAAAAAGAUGAAAUAGAAAUUAAAAAAAAAAAUUACGUCAAUUUACGUUACUUUUUACUAAGACACCGACCAUUGAGUGCUGUUCAGUCUUCAGUUGUUAUUCAAAGGAUCUUUGUCUCACUGAGUAUUUUAAACUUGGAAUUGUAAAGCACAACUCCAGUACUAAAUAUGGCCGUUUCCACGGGCAUGUCGUUCCUUAUAUCAACGCUGUUAGCAUUGUCACUAUUCUCAGUCAUGCAGCUCAACAGCAAAUGGUUGACGUCUAGUUCGGUGUUGGUCAUAAGUACAGGUUUUCUUGGCUCAGUGUUGUUUACACUGUCCUUGACUGCUGUAAGUAAUCUAAUGACUUUACUUUUGGGAGAAGGAUAUCAAGCUAGUUUAUUUCCUGAAAUUUUAUUAUCAUUAAUGUUCACUUUUUUCACAUGUGUCUCUAUCCACAGAGUAUGCGCUACAACCGGUUUGCUGUUUUCAUUAUUUGCUCUUUACAAUAUUUAUAAUGUUUCUCAAAAGACAUACAAUUCCAGUUCAUUGCUCAAACAACCUAUUGUUCAGAACAAAAAGAAGAAACACUAAAUGCCAAAAUACAAAACUGUUUUAUACCAUUUUCAAUGUUCAUAAUGUACUGAAUAUUUGAUUUUUAUAUCUAUUAUUUAUUUUUCAUUGUCAUUCCCUAAGUUAAAAAAUUAACAUAAAUUAUUGUAGUAAAAGUAAAUUUCAAUUAUUUCUUACUGAUUUUUUUAUUUGACAAAAUUUAAUAUUUAUUUUAUAUAACCUCAUAAUACAAUCAAUUAUUGAAUUAUUGAAAUUCACUAGAAUAUCAAUUACAUUUACUGAAAUUAAAAUUGUUUAUGAUGUAUUAUUUAUAUUGAUUAAAACUUUUUUUUUGUACUAUUUUUGGAUAAUUGUGAUUAUGAUAAUAUCAUUAAACAAGGCUUUGAUUUUAAUAAUAUGUACUCAUUUUGCCUGUCUCUGAGUAUUAAAAAUUAUAAAUCAAAUUGAAAUAAAGAAAACUACUUAUUAA